AUGGGGCUCAGCGGGACAGGGAGCCUGCAGCAGUCACGCUCUGGCAGCCCCAUCGUGAUCCUUUGGGAUGUGCAGGCUGCCCCGAAAGCGUCGCCUGCUGGCAGGGAGAAGCCCUCGACCCUCGUCGUCACCAAGGACUUCAUCCGUGACCUCAUCGUCCCUGCAGAGAACCCAGCAGCAUCCCUCAUUAUUGGCCAGGAGGAUUUCCAGCGCAUUAAAAAAGCAGCUCGAGUCCUGACCAAGGAGGAGCGUGAGGCCAACGAGCUGGAGGAGGAGGCGCGGGAGCGGGCCCAGUACCUGCUGCAGCGGGCGAGCAGGAUGCGCAUGGAGCAGGAGGAUGAGAUCAAGGAGUUCAGCGAGCUAAUCCUUGGUGCCAAGUGCCACAUGAUCCGCGACACACAGAUCCUUGAGAAGCAGCUCAUCGCGAAAGAGCUGGAGGAAGAAGAGAAGCGCCUGGCCAAGAUGAUGGAGGUGGAGAGGAAAAAGGCUGACGAGAUGCAGGAGGAACUGGAGCACAGGAGGAAGCAGGAGCUGAUCAGAGGGAGGCAGGAGCUUGUGAAGCAGAUGGAGCAGAACGCGGAGGAGCAGGCUAUGAGAGCCGAGCAACGGGACCAGGAGGCACAGGAGCUGCUGGAGUACUUGGAGCAGCUGAAGAUGGAGGACCUGAAGGACUUGGAGCGGAGACAGGAGCAACAGAAGAAAAUCCAGGCUGAGAUUAAACGCAUCAACGAUGAGAACCAGCGGCGCAAGGAGGAGCAGCGAGAGCAGGAGAGGAUGGCAGACGAACGGGUGCUCGAGGACCAGAGACAGAAAAUGGAGCGUGAGGCCGAGUUUGAAGCUGAGCAGGAGAGAAUCCGUCGGGAGAAGGAGAAGGAGACGGCACGCUUGAGGGCCAUGCAAGAGAGGGCUCAGGACCACCAGGCAGAGCAGGACGCGCUGAGGGCCAAGCGCAGCCAAGAGGCUGCUGAGCGAGAGUGGCGGCGCAAGGAGAAGGAGGCGGCGCAGAGGAAGGCCGAGGUGGAGCAGAUGCUGAAGCAGAGCCGCCUGGAGCAGAUUGCCCAGCGGGAAAAGCAGAGCCGCCUGGAGCAGAUGGCCCAGCGGGAGCACAGCAUGGCCGUGCAGGUGCAGCAGGACCGCCACGAGUUCGAGAGGAUCCUCAGGGCCCAACGGGAGCAGAUGGAGAAGGAGAAGGCAGAGGAAGCUCGGAGAGCAGGUCUGCAGCUCGCCCAUGCUAACGAUGUCCGGCGCCAGAUCCAGCGCAUCGCCCAGCUCAAGCAGCAGAAGAUGCAGGAGCUCAGAGCCUCUGGCAUCCCCGAGAAGUACUGCGCCCAGGUGGAGCGGAGGGCCCUGAGCUGA